AUGACAACCGUUGCCUUCUUCGGAGCAACCGGCGGCUGCGCCAACGCCUGCUUGACCUACACCCUUCUCGACGGCUACAACGCCAGAGCCCUAGCCCGUACCCCCUCCAAGCUCACGACGAUGCUCCUCUCACAGCCUGGCAUGACACCGGAGAUCAUCUCUCGCCAGCUGGAGAUCAUAGAAGGUGACGCAACAGAUGUGGACAGCAUCCUCAAAACCCUCAUCACCAACUCCAACCCCCAGAACGCACCCAACGGCACUUGUACUCUCGUAACAAGUAUAAUCUCCGGCCUAGGCGGCACACCAGCAAUUUCGUUCACCAAGGAAGCAAAAUGUGCAAAGACUCAGUUGCGCAUGCCUGCGCUGCCGCACAUUCAACUCUCGAACCCGCACAUCACCGAACAGACGACAAGCGCUCUGCUCGGGGCGCUGGCGAAGAUUGCUUCUACUCGGUUUGACUCGUUCGAGGCGUAUCGCGCUGUCGCACCAAGGGUCACGGUUAUCUCGACGACAGGGAAUUUGCCUGGUAAUAAAGAUGUGCCGUUCUGGUUUAGACCUAUGUACUCCGUGCUCUUGCCGAUCCCGCACGCGGACAAGCUGCAGAUGGAAAGGUUACUUGAAAAGGAGAUUGGGCUAGGGGAUGCUGGUGUCCUUGCUGCUGGAGUUGUUGUUGUGAGGCCUAGCCUUUUGACAGGGGAGCAUCAGGUUCAUGUGCAUGAGGCGGGGGAAGGAGGCGAGGGGGUGGGAUUGGAAAAAGUAAGAGUUGGGACAACGAAAGCCCCUGCUAUCGGGUAUACGAUUUCUCGGGCUCUGGUUGGGGAGUGGAUAUUUAAGGAGAUUGUUAAGGGCGGUGGAGGGAAGUGGGUUGGGGAAAAGGUUACGAUCACUACCUAA